GGCGGCCGAAGGGGCCCGGAGCCGGGCCGGGGCUCGGGGCAGGAUGGCAUGGUGCCCACAUGGGCCCUGCCGGGAAGGAGCCAGCCAUGGCCCUCGCCCUCCUGCUCCUCCUCCGCCUGGCGGGCUGUUGGAGCGACCCCCAAAGGGAGGAGAAACUGUGCCCGGAGAAUUUCACCCGCAUCCUGGACAGUCUGCUGGACGGUUACGAUAACAGGCUGCGACCCGGAUUUGGGGGUCCCGUCACGGAAGUCCAAACAGACAUCUACGUCACGAGCUUCGGGCCCGUGUCUGAUGUAGACAUGGAGUACACCAUGGACGUGUUCUUCCGGCAGACGUGGGUGGACCCGCGGCUCAGGUACGACGGCCCAGUCGAGAUCCUGCGGCUCAACAACCUCAUGGUGACCAAAGUGUGGACCCCCGACACCUUCUUCCGCAAUGGCAAGAAAUCCGUCUCGCACAACAUGACGGCCCCCAACAAGCUGUUCCGGAUCAUGCGCAAUGGCACUGUCCUGUACACCAUGCGGCUCACCAUCAGUGCCGAGUGCCCCAUGAGACUGGUGGACUUCCCCAUGGAUGGCCACGCGUGCCCCCUGAAGUUUGGGAGCUAUGCGUACCCAAAGACCGAGGUGGUCUACGCUUGGACGAAGGGGCCCGAGAAGUCGGUGGAAGUCCCCAAGGAGUCUUCCAGUCUGGUCCAGUAUGACCUGGUUGGGCAGACUGUGUCCAGCGAGACUGUGAAGUCCAUUACUGGUGAAUACGUUGUCAUGACAGUUUUCUUCCACCUGCGACGGAAGAUGGGCUACUUCAUGAUUCAGACAUACAUUCCCUGCAUCAUGACUGUGAUCCUGUCUCAAGUUUCCUUCUGGAUCAAUAAGGAGUCAGUUCCAGCCCGCACCGUGUUUGGAAUCACCACGGUCCUGACCAUGACGACCCUGAGCAUCAGCGCCCGCCACUCCCUCCCCAAAGUGUCCUAUGCCACCGCCAUGGAUUGGUUCAUCGCCGUCUGCUUCGCCUUCGUCUUCUCCGCCCUUAUCGAGUUUGCCGCCGUCAACUACUUCACCAACAUCCAAAUGGAAAAGGCCAAGAGGAAGCCACCCAAGCCACGCCCAGAGCCGCCUGCCCACCCUGGCCAGCUAGACAAGGACCUGGAGGGGCCAGUCCAGAGUCCAGAGCCUGGCUCCAACGUGAGGAAGCGCACCAACGUCCCGGGGCCACCCGACACGGACGCCAGCAGCCGGCCGGAGCAGGGGACCCGUUCUCCCCUGGCCACUCCGAGCCCCGUGGCCCUCCCAGCUGCCCGCGCUUGCCCGGCCUCCAGCCCGAACCCCUUCAGUCGCCUACAGGUGGCCGAGACGCUGUCUGCCGCCCGAGCACUGACCCCCACCAUCCCCCGCACACCCAACCGUGCUGGCCCCGCACCCUGCUCCCCUCCCGCUGGCUCUCCGGCCAUGGUCCGCACCCCUCCCGCUCGGUCUCCGGCCACCACCCCUGCACCGGCCGCCUCUGGCCAGCCCCCAGCCAGCACCCCAGGCCCCACACCUACCCCUGCCCCCCCGCCUCCUGGCUCUGGCACCAGCAAGAUCGACAAGUAUGCCCGCAUUCUGUUCCCUGUGGCAUUUGGUGCCUUUAACAUGGUCUACUGGGUAGUCUACCUGUCCAAGGACACCGUAGAGAGGGCUGAGGGCACACUGUAGCAGCCCAGGCGGGGCAGGCCUGGACCCCCAAGCGGGGCAGGCCAAGGCCCCUGAGUGGGGCAGGCUGGGUCCCCUCAGGGGCCCCGCUGGGAGAGGGAUCGCGACCCUGCCUGG